AUCACAGCAACCCGUUUGAAUUUUCCACCCAUGACAGCCGUCUUCCAGCUGGCACUUUCUUCUCUCGUCUGGUAACUUCCGCACAUCCACGGUCCAGCAGGUCGCCGAUCCAAAAUAAAAAAAUCCCCCCCAAAAAAAGAUGAAACCCGAAGAAGUCGCCUCCUCCGAAGUGUCCGCCCAACCCCAGCGGUACCGCACAACCAAAUCUGUCAACUCGAACCGCCACUCCAAGGACUUUUACCGGCGGUACCUGGCGCUGUGCCGGGCCAAGAACUUCCCUCCGCUGGCCGAACUGUCCCGGGUUCAUGCCGGCAAAGGUCGCCAGUCGAACCAGCUGGACUUUUAUGGAGACCGAUUCAAGGACGCCGACUGGCGGCUGAUUGUGGCGGCCCUGACGGAGGACACAUCUCUUGAGAUGGUCGCGAUUCGACUGCGGAAGGCUCUCGGGGACGUGCUGGAAGGCAGCGGUACGGUGGGGUGUCAACGGUUGGAUUUGGGCGUGGAACGGCCGGUCGUGCUGACGAAGCGACUGUUUACGCGGCUCGUGGAUAGCUUGGCGCAGUUUUUGGUCGUCAAUCGGAAGGUUCGGAUCUUUGUGCUGGAGGGACUGCCCGUUCAGGGGCUUUACAUGGCCACGCUGGUUAACAGUCUUCAACAGAAUGCCUCCAUAACGGAGCUCAGCUUUGCGCGGAGUGCCAUCAUGGACGAGGGCGCCGAAGCGAUUUGCGGGGCCGUGAUGCAUCUGGCCAACGUCGACACGUUGAAUCUGUCCGGGUGUCAGCUGACGGGGCGAGGAUUUCUCGCCGUUGCCGAGCUGAUCAAGUUUCAGAAAAUACAGCGGUUCGCCGACAGCUGGAAGCAUUCACUGCGGUACGGUGAAGUGGACACCGCAAAAAUGCUGGGGCUGCGGCACGUACUGCUGAACGCAAAUCCGCGUGCCGGAGACGAUGGCCUGCAGGAGCUCACCGAAGUCUUGAAGGAAGACGAAUGGAUUCAGCAGGUUCACGUUCGGAACUGCGGUUUGACCGACGAGGGAGUCAAAUUUCUAGUUGACUGUCUGAACGUGAACAAAACGAUCGAGAAGUUCGACAUCAGGGACAACGCCGCUGUAUCGGAGGAAGCUUGUCGGGAGUUUUUGAUCAAGCUGGGCGUCGAGCUGGAAUCCUCCGACAGUGGACUCUCGUUCAAGGAAUCCACGCUGGACGGUUCGACCAAGAUGAAGCAAUCGGAACAGAUCAAGUACCUGCAGCAGCAGCUGUCCUCCGAACGCCACCGCAGCUCACAGCUUCAGCUGAUGAUUGAACAACUGCACCUACAGCAGACGGAAUACGCCACGGAGAUGAACGCCCUUCGGCAGGACUACAACCGGAUCGUAGAAGAGCGUGAACAGCUCCUGAGGCGCGUGCAGCUCCUUCAAAAGCCAAAGCAGUCACCUCCAAGUCGCGGCAGCAACGUGCACAAGAGCAAGAGCGAACACCUGCCGUCGGUUCUGUUUGGCCGCAGAUCCUCACCCCGAAAGCGUGGCAGCAAAUCCGAGAUGACCCUGCGCUGGGUACGCGAUCGGCACGUGAGUAGCAAUCGCCGACGCGCUCCACUGCUGGAGAACAAACCCAUCGGAGACAGCGAACUGGUGGUGGAUUCGGUACGGCAAAAGCUGGACGGCGCGGCCCGGAAGCAGUUUGGUCAGGGAGACGCCGCCAAGGUGGACGGCUGGAGCGUGGACAAAGAGUGCUACGAGGAUUACGAGGGGGAGGACGGUGACGAGUACGGAGGGGAAGACGACGAGGAUGAGUUUGACGAAAGUAUCAGCUCGAUUUCCGGGGCGGAGCUGUUGCAAAUGUUGGCGGCCAAGAAGCGGCACCACGCGACGAAUCAGCAGGGAAACAGUUUUGAGUCACAGUAGGAUUACGAUUUUUCAAUAGCUGCCGACAAUGACGACAAUGUAUAUUUUAAAUAAAUUUUCAAUGAAGGUGUAAGAUUACAUCAGAUUUUAAAAAUACUUGAAUCUGA